GGCAGUUCACACGACCACGUGACGUCGAAGAGCAGCCGAUCGAGCCUGCUUUCGUCGUCGUUUUCGUCUUUUUCGUGAUCGGUUCGCUGAGACGGUUUUUGUUAUAUAAUUUCUAAAAUCGCUGACAAAGCGACAACGUUAGCUACAACGCCUGAAAAUGCGAGUUAAAUUAGUCAGCGAGCUAAGUCCACGCUCAUAGCACAGUGCGCUCAGUGCACGGCGAGCUGCCGUGCUGCAGCCGAACGCCAUUUCACAGAACCGGCGGUGCCGGGCGGCGCGUCACGUGAGAUUCUGAACCCAUCUCGCCACCCUACCGCGGGGCCGUGGUCGAGCCACGAACCGUGCCAUCAAGGUUCGAUGUUCGAAAAGCUAACACCUCCCAGGAGCAGUGCUUGAGUGUGCUCGUCGUCCGCUGAAGCAUCGGCGAGUCGUGGCCGCUGGCGAACUCCACUUUCGCGUGUUUACUGUAUCGGCUAUUGCAACAGCAGGAGUGAAACCAUGGCGACCCGGGUGUUCGUAGGCCGGCUCAACUACGACGUUCGCGAACGCGACUUGGAGCGCUUUUUCCGAGGCUACGGCCGCAUCGAAGACAUUGUCCUCAAGAAUGGCUUCGGGUUCGUGGACAUCACCGACUACCGCGACGCUGAGGAUGCUGUGCGCGAUCUGAACGGCAAGCGACUCAUGGGCGAGCGAGUCACGGUCGAGCUGGCGCGGGGCAUGCGGCGCGGGCCUCCAGACUACGACCGCGGUUCUCGACGCUUCGGGCCGCCUACGCGCACCAACUACCAGCUACUUGUGGAGAACUUGAGCAGCAGCGUGAGCUGGCAGGACUUGAAAGAUUUCAUGCGCCAGGCGGGUGACGUGACAUACACGGACGCACACAAGCUGCGACGCCACCAAGGAGUCGUCGAGUUUGCCAGCUACUCGGACAUGAAGAACGCUUUGCGAAGUCUUGACAACGUGAGCCUCGACGGCCGGAGGAUCCGCCUUGUGGAGACUAAACGUCUGUUGCGUCGGUCGAGCCGAUCGAGCUCGCGCUCCAGGUCGCCGCGCAGGUCGCGCUCUAGGUCCAACUCGAGAACACGCCAGUCGUCAGGUCGCCGCAGGUCGCGCUCUUCGUCUGGCUCCGGACGUGCCUGGGUGAGUCGCAGAUCGCGCUCUUCAUCGAGGCGCCCGAGCAGCAGCCGGUCAGGCUCCAGGUCGCCACGCAGAAUCAGCAGUCGUCGAAGCCGUUCGAAGUCACGAUCACUGGAAAAACGUUCGAACUCACGAUCAUCGUCGAGGGAACGUGCCAGUCACAACCAGUCGGCGAAGAAGCCUUCUGAUACCGAACACCCAGAGGAUGCACAGCAAACUCAAUGCAUAGCCCAAGAGAACAAUGGUCCCUGCGAAGAAGCGAGUAGCUCGCAUUCUCCGUCAGGAUACGCCGAGUGAAAAAGCGACUAGCACGUGAACAUUGCUCACCUCGUACACGCCGUGAUUCCACUUAAUGGCACCAUUUGCAAAUCAGCGAGAAGUACUACCAGCAUGUGGAACUCUAAUCAUAGUCACUUGUGCGCAAAAACAUUUGCAUGUUGUCAUCGUUGCAAGAGCUCGUCUCAGGAAGCAGUGUUGUUGGAUGUGCCUUGGUUUGUUUGUGUUGAUGUUAUUGGUGUGGUGGCGUGGCGAAAAGAGCCACCACACAUUGGGUGUUGUGGUCAAUAAAGUAACGAGCUUUCAUCACAAGCUUCCACGCAAGCUUAGAUCAACGAAGUGGAAAGCGAAGGCACUGUAGUCCAGUUGCGCUGCAGCAACUGCUGUGCAUGCUAUUGGCCAGCCAAAAGCCCUUGUCACUCUGCUUGUUGUCAAUUGCUUUGUUGAACAAAUAAAGUAUCAAGUUUUGACUGUGUACAA